AUGUCGCCUACUAGACCCCUAGCCAUCAUCGCUGCAGUCACGCUGGCCGCACCUAGCCUUCUCGUCGAUGCAGACAUCGCUUCUAUAGAGCCUCUGCUGAAUGUCAGAGAUACUCAACUCGUCAAUUGCCCAUGGGAUAGCUUCGAAUCACAGGUCAUUUACAGAUUCGACAAUGGUACCGUAAUCCUGGUUCUCGAUAUUCAACACUCGAUCAACGAUGGAGAUAAGUGGAUCCACGCAUCUGAAACGUCGGGAGGAGUCAACCUUGCUGAGAUUGACGCUGAGUCAGUGUGGCGUGAUGAUGUACUAAAUGGAUUUCAACCAGCUCUCAAUUCUACCGAAAAGCUCGACCAAUGGGUGCAGCAUCAUACAGAACAGUAUGGGAGCUUCAUGAACUUAGUGAGCUCUGACUACUCCCAGGUCUAUCGUGCCACAAAUGUGACCUACACCAACAUGUACCAUACCCCGGUCUCAGAGAACACUAAUAUUAUACGACCUGAAGUGCCAAGAUGGGACAGCGAUUAUAUAUUCUCGAGUCCUUCACCCUACUAUGAUCUGGCUAAGCUGCAAAGAAACCGUGCUGUCAAAUUAAAUGAUACAUCUGUGCCCAGCCCCGAUGGUCUCCAGAAUGGUGUCAAUAAUCUCCGACUUGUAGUCCGCUUCGACACAGGAGAAGUUGGUACUGGGCUGGACGAGGAAGCCUUCUACUUUUUCCCCGGAGCUUUCAGCGUCGAUACGCAUGAAUUUGAGAGCGCUUGGAAGUCUACUCUACACUCUAACGGACAGUUCGAAUACGACAUGGCCGCCGUGCCUGAAGUAUAUCAUCAUAUCAUGCCUAAUCUCAACAACGGCACAUCUGGAGCCGCUCCGUUGUGCCCUGGAGGUCCAUUUCAUGAGAACAUGUACUACCAUGGGCUACCCGAGUCUGAGGCUGGGUUUGUGGACGAUGGAAUCAUUCGAAACAAUUACACAGUGCCCUUCAUCCGUGCCGAUGGGAGCCACCCUAUGGACGUUCCAGUGCUCAACGAAAAGUACGUAUUCGAUCCCAUCACCAAUCAGUUGAAGAUUGACUGGGCUAUUGACCCCGCCAACUUCGGUACGUACACGCUAAAUGGGCGUAUUCGCGCACUCGUAGAAGGCGAAGAUUCCGGUCAAGAGGAUAUCUGGUACGACGUUGAUGUGGAGUACUUCUCCGUCCGCGUUGGGGACGUGGUGGCUGCGCUCGACAUGGAGGUGCUCGCUGCCACACCACCAGUGUACCGAACCCACGUGUCGCAGAGCGCAACUGGACAGUACAUGACUGGUGCCACCUAUGACUAUACCAAUACUGAUUCGAUCCAAUGUGCGGCCGGCAGUUUGCGCGACGAACUCUUUGGCCCAUGGAAGGCAAAUGUGAAUCAUUACUUCAUCGAAGUGGCUGACGGAUACCGGUACGAGCUACUCGCGCCCGUCGAGGGUCAGGCAAUCCAGUACACCUCGCCGUUUGCAGCCAGCUUAGGCGUCAAAGAUAUGUACGAGCAAGUGGCCAUCAAUUCCGCUACUCAGAUUGGGCCCGCUAGCGUAGUCUUCUCGUCCAUGAAUGCCGACGCGGAUCAGAUUGUGCCUUCGCUGGAGGAUUCCCUGGCGGCACAAUCCCGUAGCGUCAGCUCCUUACUAGUGGCCCGGAAGGUGCACGCAAACACUGGAGUGCCUGUGGACAGUACACAGCUGCUAUUCACUGACCGGGAAUUUUUGGAGUUGGCGGAUGCAUGUGGAGGUAUUCUCUAUAUCCCCAGCAGCGCCAGCGAGACGUGUGAUACCCCCGUCGACCACUGCAUGAAGAACACCAUCAGUGGACUUCAGGCCUCGCCCGAGGCCUACAAGCCAUUCGGCAAGGUCGAGCUCGCCGGCGGCUAUGAGAACAAAUGGGGUGAGGUGCACGCUCGCGCAGAGAUGGAUGACAAAACUGGCAAGCUGGUUCUGCACCACCCUCGACACCUGGGCCGAUUCGACGACAAGGUCCUCAACGCUGAUGGCACAAUUAAGUUCACGAUCCCCUCACAUGUAAUCAACAUGAAGGCGGUGGUGGACGGUGUGCGUAUCGAAGAACCAGUGCUCUCCAUCGCAGCCCCCAGACAGCUUGAAUUCAUUCGGCAUGCGGAUGGCCAGAAGGACGACCAGGCCUACGUCCUGUUUACUGUCCAGAAUACGGGCAAGGCUGAUGGAGUGGUAGAUGUAAAGCUCACGUGUGACACCUUGUAUCCCGCGCAGGUGGUUGUCCACUCUGAGCACAUGACCGACAUGAUCAAACCGGGAGCCUCGGUCGAGUUCGGCUUCAAUUUGCGUCUUGCGAAGCCGGUUGGUAGAAACAUCAACAAGUGGGAUAUGGAUGCGCUUAACUGUCAGUUCGAGGGCACUGUCCGGUCCAAGCCUCUCUGGGUACAGGAUGGCAAGGUCGUUACCGAGACUCUUGCGCUUAAGGUCACAGACAGUCAUCUCUAUUCCGCCUCCGAAGAAGCCACUGAAGGCCUAUGCAAAUACAUGGUGGCGCCCACCGACGACAUUGUACACGCCGAGAUAGUCAGCCUGUCCGCUCCCUCUGGCACCAUGUACGCCGAUGGACUUCGCACAACGCCCAAAACUCUGUCGUGGAACACUGACGGCAACACCACCGAGGUGCUGAUAGGAGAUCCCGUAUCACCUCAUGCCCUUUCAUACCACGGAUACAGCCGCUCCGAUUGGAAAACCCUCGGAGGCUAUUACUCCACAUUCUAUUGGGCUGACCCUUGGAACCAGCACCUGGACUUUGCAGGCGUGGAUGAGAUGUACAUGGGCAAGGUGCUGGCCGAUGGGGUGGUAAUGAUCUCCAUUGACGCCGAUGCCGAUGGCCACAGCGCCACUGACACCGACGGCGGUUUGGAGGUGAUUAAGGUCGAGCAGCACUGCGAUGCCGUGGACAACCGGGACGGUGCAGAGGAUGGCCUGAAAUUCGGAGUGAUUGAGGUGGUGUGGAAUACACGCGACAGCCGCAUGGACGCCGUGCCACAGCUGUCUCUGGGCAAAGGCUCGCGCCAGGCGCUGAACUUCCAACUGGUGCACAUGGGUGCGUACUCUCCUGGAGCUCCGCCGGGUCAGGACAACGACCUGAGCCGCUACGAUCUAAAGGGCAAGAAGUGCUACAUCACCAUCAAGGCCAAGUCUGGCGACACCAUGUGUAAUCACUGGUCUGUGCGCGAAGUCAUCAGCUUCGAUCCGUUUGGCCUCAAAACCAAAGGCACAUCCAAGGUGAACGUUUCUGCGGUGACCCUCAGCGCCACGCUCAACGGAAUCAGCGAAUCCGAAGACAUGACACCCGAUGCCGCGAUGUCCGCGUCCGAGAUGCUGACGCACACGCUCGCCAGCAGUGCUGUGAACAACGGCGCACUCUACUGGAACCAACUGUCGCAGUCCCGCCCCUGCCCCGACCACGUGGUGGGCUGUGCGAGUGAGUGCUCAGUGCUGAGCGAUGAGUGCGCCCAGUGUGAGCCUGGGUUUGCUGCCGUUGUCCCGGGGCGGUGCCAGAAGUGCGAGGCCACCUACGGUAUGGGGUGUACGACAUGCGACGCGCACAUAUGCACAUCGUGGAAGAACUGUGUGCUCGACUCCGGGUUCUGCCGCGAGAAUCUGGUUCACCGAUACGCGGUCAAGGACAGACACGGCAACAGCAUCAACGAGGUGCUCAGCGACGGCGACAUAUUUACCUGUGCCCCCGUGGACGCCAUCAACACCGGGAUACGCUUCAAUAGCACAUCAGUCUCACCCACAUCUACAUGGGGCACCCGCAAGCAGAACACCCACUUCCGCAAGAACGGUGGCCGCUUCAACGGAUUCGCCGACUAUCUCUCUGGAGUCGUCGGUCCUGCCCACGGCAACCGCAAACUAGAUUGGAACGCAUAUGUGAUGCGUGAUAAUCAGUACGUCGACACCCCAUGGGCCAUUAUGGAUGCAUACACAAUUCCAACAUUUUGGGGUAUUACUAUCUACCCAAACUACCCGAACUGGAUCAGUCCCCAGAAGAAUCAGUAUGCCGACAAGCCCCGCACCUGGAUGGCCGGACGAAUUGCCGCCGAGGCAUUCUUCAAUGGACGCGUAGACUACGGUCUGGUGGACACUGCAGAUCCAGUGUACGCCACUAACAACUACCUGGAUGUCUCCCUGGGCGAGGUAGUGGUGCUCGACAAGGUCCAGUCAAGCGGUCUCAACAUCCGAAUGCAGGCGGCCGAGUGGGCGUACACUCCCAACACUGUCCACCGUGACCAGCACGUGUGCCGCAAAGCCUCGGACUUCACAACCUUCACCCAGAACGUCGACAACAAGCUCCUGUCACUCCCCGAGAAGUACGCCCAGGUCCACGCACUCAACAAGUGCGCCUACUGCCCCAACAACCAGCAGAUGAAGAUGGGUAUGGCGAGAGGCAGGCCAUACGCAUCUUCAACGGUAACACUCCACCAUAUGCCUCAAGAUUGCGUGCAGGAGGACGUCGAGGGAAUGAUGGCGCAGGGUUCUAAUUUUGGCUCCAAAAAUGCGGGCAGCAUUGACGAGUGCAUCGCCGAGUACGGCGUCACCCAGCCCUUCGGGUCCACGUUGCGCCUAGACUACGCCAACAUCAAUCCAGACUACUACCUCAACGACAUCGAGUAUUGGGGUCUACCCUGGGAAGGCACAGGUUUAGGCAGAAACACACUCCCAGCGGGUGCGAAGGAGACUAUUUAUUUCGAAAAGUUGCUAAAACCCUUCUGUGACUUGGUGAUGCUCGAGGUGCUUUAAGCGCCAGACGCAUACGGCGCCGACGUUGAUGUAGUCCGCAAAAUUGUAGUCUGAUACGUA